UGACUCGUGGAAUGUGUCUACACCAACCCACAGUGUCUCUUCGCCGUAGUCUAGAAAGAUAGACAUCAUGAGGUUCGUCGAUCUGCUCGCUGGUGCCGCCGCCGCCUCCGGCGCUGUUGCGGUACCUACCAAGACCCUGAAGCGCGCCGGCAAAUUCGACUUCACCGGCGUAAGCGAGUCUGGGGCCGAAUUCGGCAACACUGCUCUCCCGGGACAGCUCGGCAAGGAUUACACAUGGCCCGACCAAAGUUCCAUCUCUACCUUGAUCCAGAAGGGAAUGAACACCUUCCGAGUUCCGAUUAUGAUGGAGCGCGUUAUUCCCGACCAGCUAACGGGUACUGUCAACGAGACGUACACUGCCGGCCUUGACGACAUCGUCAAAUUCAUUACUGAUCAGGGUGCCUACGCCGUAGUUGACCCUCACAACUUCGGCCGCUACUAUAACGAAAUCAUCACCGACGUCGACGGAUUCGGAGCCUGGUGGACCACCGUAGCGAAGCGCUACGCCACCAACGAGAAGGUCAUCUUCGACACCAACAACGAGUUCCACGAUGAGGACAACGCCCUCGUCGGCCAGCUGAACCAGGCCGCCAUCGACGCCAUCCGAGGCGCUGGUGCCACCUCCCAGUACAUCUUCGUCGAAGGAAACUCUUGGACCGGUGCUUGGCACUGGACAUCCAGCGGCACCGCCGAAGCCAUGGGCCAGCUGACCGACCCCCAAGACAAGCUCGUCUACGAAAUGCACCAAUACCUAGACGCCGACGGCUCCGGCACGGCCGAGGCCUGCGUAUCGACCACCAUCGGCGCCGAGCGCCUCGCCGACGCGACCGCCUGGCUGAAGGCGAACAACAAGCAGGCCAUCAUCGGCGAGACCGCCGGCGGCGCCAACGACCAGUGCAUCCAGGCCGUCCAGGGCAUGCUCUCCUACAUGGCCGACAACAGCGACGUCUGGAAGGGCUGGCUCUGGUGGGGCGCCGGCCCCUGGUGGGCCGACUACAUGUACUCCAUCGAGCCGCCCUCCGGCGCCGCCUUCACCACGGUCUUGCCUUCGCUCGCCGAUUACAUCUAGGGGUAAUAAGACUUACAUCAAGUACCCUAGCUCAGGGUUAAUCCUGAAUAGGAUAGGCUAGGUUAGUUGGCAUGGCUGAGUAUGCUAGGUAGGAGUAAGCGUUUGGAUUGAGGAUUCUUGUAUAUAGGUAGUCAGUACGCUGAGAACUAGGAAUCAAAGUUACUAGACCGAUGUGGACUCCUUCUCAUAAUGCCGUUUCUUUCGUAAGUGUGUUCUGAGUAUGAACCUACGUAUCUGAAUAGAUGUUGUGUACAUAGAAGAGGUAUGAUUUAGUAUGGAGUAUUAUUGAGUAACGCAAUGAUUCCCC